AUGCAGGUCUGUGUCGCCGGUGGCCCCUUGGAGAGACUCCUGCAGCUGAUUCGGAGGGACGAGAUUUGCAUCGAUUUCCCUACCCUUGAGUACUACCCUUUCGUGGGCAAGAUGGGCAUCACAUGGAGCUGGCAACCGGCAUGGCUGUUCAAAGCCGUGAAGCUUGAUGUGUCUGCCUACUGGCCUGUGCAUGGCCUGGCACCUGCAGUGAAGCACUAUUGCUGGUGGCACCCUGCCUCGCAGUGGCCGGCGGUGAGCCAGGCAGACAAGGAUCACUUCGAGUGGUAUUGGUGGUGGUGGAACCAGCAGUACGGCGGCGGAGGCUGGCACGAGGCCUGCAAGGAGUUCAACUACCAGUACCCAGGUUGCCACUGGGAUCACCACAAGGCCGUCAUGGCCUGCCGCGCCUACUUCCUGGAGGGCCGAAGGUCAGUUGUGUUCGCUGUGUACAGCCGUGGCCGUGAUUUGAAGAUGAAGGAGCGCUUCAAGAAAGAGUUCCGCUGA